UGCCACUUGACCUUCCAGGGUUUUACCAGCAGUAUUUAACUGGUGCAAAGGGAACAUACUUCCAAGUGUCUCCUGUUGACAUGACAGAUUCUCCUGUUAGUUCACACAAUGUUCAAAAGGCACAAGUCCCUUGCUUCAGAACGCAAGAGACAAUUAUUUUCCCAAGGAGCAUCACGGUCCAUAUUGAAGAAUGAUAUGAGAAAUUUUCACGCUUUGUCACAACUUGUGAUCUCAGCAGGCCCUCUGAAACCAACUCCAGUGGUCAAACAUUCUAAAACGAUUCACUUUGAGAUUGAAAUACUUGAUGCUCAAACAAGAAAGCAGAUAUGUAUUGUGGAUAAGGUGACACAAAAAUCAACUAUUCAUGAUGUUAAACAAAAAUUUCACAAAGCAUGUCCAAAAUGGUGUCCUUCCCGGGUUGGCCUCCAACUAGAAUGUGGUGGAUCUUUUUUGAAGGACCAUAUCAGCAUUCAAAAAAUUGCAGCUUCCUCCAUUAUUACACUCUACUUUACAGACUUAGGUCAACAAGUCAGUUGGACUACAGUAUUUUUGGCUGAAUACACAGGACCUCUGCUAAUAUACCUCCUGUUUUAUUUGAGGAUCCCAUAUAUAUAUGAUGUGAAAGAGAGUUCUAGGACAUUACGACAUCCAGUGGUACACCUGGCCUGCUUUUGCCAUUGUAUACACUACAUUCGAUAUCUUUUGGAAACCUUAUUUGUUCACAAAGUUUCUGGAGGACACACACCUUUGAAGAAUUUGAUGAAGACUUGUUCCUUUUAUUGGGGAUUCACUUCUUGGAUGGCCUACUACAUUAAUCACCCACAAUAUACACCACCAUGUAUGUAG